CUCUGGAGGCGCUGCUCAAACUUCGCCUAACAUUUUGACGUCAGCAGGAUGUUCGCUCCACUGCCGUGACGUCACCCUCCCAGAAUGCCUGGCUCCCAGCGCGGUGCCCCAGAGUCCAGGCCUGAAACUCCAACAAACUGCUUUCAAACUUCUGCUGCAAUGUCGCCGCGGAGCGCGAAGGGGGGAAGGACGCAGAGCCGGACGGACGAGUCGGUUUGUGAAGAGGAAGGCCAGUUUCUGUGACCCGGCAGCAUGUGCGUUCAGAUCCUCUGAGUCCUGACGUAGAGUCCUCAUCCCUGCAGCCCUUUGGGGUUGUUAUGGCAGCAGAGUUCAUGCUGUGGACCGAGGCUCUGCCCUUUAGCACGCGUCCCAUCAGCCGCCAGUCCUGCAGGAAAACAUCAAACUUUAAAAGCUGCGGCUCUUAACAAAACCUCUGCAUCUGGACUUGGACUAGCAACCAUAGCGCAGGAAGCUGAUGCUCCUUCCUCCUCAUGACUCUUGUUCCUAUCAGCUCAGGCUCUUGGCCCCGCCCCCGCGCAGCAGCGGCGCCGCCGCCCAUUUCGUCCUCAUUAGACCAUGUUCCACGAGGAUCACCUGAAAGGGCAGCUUUACGAGAACCUCCCGGCCAGUAGGCAGCUCUUCCAAUGCCAGGAGUGUGGAAAACAGUACAACACUCAGCUGGGUUACAGACGCCACCUGGUGGCUGCCCACAGCGCUGCAGCGGGCCCGCUCUGCAUGGAGUCCCCCGCCAUGUUGGAGACCCUGGGGGAGCACGGGGACCGGCCCCUGUCCACGGACGGCGGCAGCGGCGUGCCUCCGAGAGAGAGGAAGUACUCGUGUGAACGAUGUGACCGUCGAUUCUACACGCGGAAGGAUGUGCGGCGCCACGCGGUGGUGCACACCGGGCGCCGGGACUUCCUGUGCCCGUGCUGUGCGCAGCGUUUUGGGCGCAGAGACCACCUGACGCGGCACCUGAAGAAAAGCCACGCGCAGGAGUCUGGUCUGAUGCCGGCGUCUAACCCCGGCAACCACGGAGCGGCUCAGACCCCGGUCAAAGAGGAGCCCCCCUUAGAGGCGCCCGUCAGAAGCUCCGCCUCCAAGGAUCCCAGCGAGGGUUUUACCAGGGAUAUGAGCGCUUCCUACAGCUUGCCAAACCUGAUCCCUGCCAUGGGGCCUCCUCAUGGCCUGGUGCAGGGCUCCUUGUCCUCCAGCAUGGGGGUGGGUCAUCAUAUGACCACGCCCUCUUCCCACCCCCAUCGACAUGCCCUCCAGCCGCCGGCGGCAGCCCAGCAGCAGCCCUAUGGCGGCAUGUCCCAGUACCCGUACGGCUCUACCUCAUAUCCUCGCUCUGACAUGGAUGGUUUCCUGCUGGACUUCCAGAGCGUCCCUUCGUCUCAGCUGAGUGCGGCCGGGUCCUCCAUGGCCGCCUCACCCCAGAAGGAGAUUGUGGGGGACGGGGUGGACGGAGGCGGGGGCGAAGCCCAUCCCGUGCCUCGCAGCCCGGCCGUCUCCACCGGCGAGCCGCCGUGCAACACCAACAUGGACCUGGGCUCUCUGCUCAGCUUCCUGCCUUUCGGGCUGCCGCCCUACAACCCUCACAUGGGGUUAGUGAUGAGUUACCCCCCCGCGCCCUCCCCCACUUCGUCUCCCUCCUCUACCUCGGGGGUCCCCGGCCAGGCUCCGGGACCCUUCAGCUUCCUUCAGCCCCCCCAGGCUCAUGGGCCGCAGGGCUCCGGGGUUUUUAACCCCAACCAGCUACCUCAGUCAUACAGUCCUGCUGUGAGCAGCUCCAGCUCCCUACCUCACUACUACCAGGCCUUCCAGCAGUAGAUACCUUCAAGCAUUCUCCUCACGCACUUGUUGUACAUAAUCUGAGAAGAGUUGUAUAUUUUUGGAAACAAGCAACAGGUCACCUCAUUAGUAUUACCUCAUGACUGAAAAGUUUUGAAUGUUCCAGAGGAAUCCCACUUCCUUCACUUUUUCUAGAUUUUAUUUUUCCUUUCAACACGUCGCCGUUAGAGAAGCGUUUCCUCCCGUCGGUGGGGUCGGGCUUCGCUCGCUCAUGACCCUAACUGUGGGCGCAGUAUUUCAGCAGUAUAGAAGAAGAAAAUGACCAAAAUGAAGCUGUGAACAUAAGCAGGUUGCUGAUGGCCGUUUCUCGGCCGUGGCUAGCUGUGAGGCUCCACUGCAGGUCAGCUUCACUGCACCGUAGCUGCUCCUCCAGUUCACUUCUAGUUUGAUGCACUUAACUUACGUUUCAUUGGUUGAUGUGAUGCCAAACCGUGUGAGAAUGAAGCUGCUGUGGGUUAAAAAAAAAAGA